AUGGCAGACCUUCCAGUUGUCUACUCAGCUGCGUCGCCUGGGGAAGGCCACGUCUUCAUGCUCAAGGCGGACGGUGAGUCAGCUUGGCUGAUAGACAAUGGCUCGACCUGGGUCCUGUGCUGCACUGAUCCUGAUCUCACAGUCAUUGGAUACUUCGUCAGGGACAGCCUGGUGCCGUACACAAGGAGGCCGAACAUUGUCAGGAUCAAACGCCCUGAGAUCGACCUAAUGGCCACUGCUGAGGGCUUGAUGGCCAGGUCACCGACGACUGGAUCGGUGGUCAAGAUCGUGAUCCUUGAGGCUGUUAGGGGCACAGGCAGGUUCCAGUCGUUGUCGCUCAUCAAGCCAAGGGACGAGCGCUGGCUGUUUGUCGAUCCUAACAUUAACGAAGACCAGGUGAUGAAGCUGGAGUUCACCAGGUGGCUUGAGACCAAUGCGAUCCCAAUUGUUGCAGCCUUCAGUGCCCAGCAUGUGGCCAAGGAGCCUGUGCAGUUGUCACGGGCCAAUGUCCCAGUCUCCGGAUGCUGCUUCUCUUAUGACGGAGCUGAUGAGAACGGGUACAUUGUCAAGCACGGUGGUAUAGAGAUGCGGAUCAUUGACGAUGAAAUGGCAGAGGCACGUGUGCCGCCGGAUUUGUUCACAGAGCCAGCGGUGCUUAGGAGGCACUUCAGUGGUCUUCGGCUAAGGUCACCACUGCAAGUGAUACCUGAGGCGCCGAAACACUGUCCGCGUGACAUGAGGGACCUGAUGCAGCAUCUGGUUUUCAUCGAGUCAUCAUCAAGGAUCAUAGUCACCCCACCCGCACACAUCUCAAUCACCCCACCCCCGCACAUCUCAGUCACCCCACCCCCGCACAUCUCAGUCACCCCACCCCCACACUCUCUGUGGCACCCACGGACCUCCUGCAAGCUCCGGCUGCCACCACAUCAGCUGCAGGCGCAACUCGACGCGGCAGAAGCGAUGCGUGGAAAGCCUGCUGCGAAGAAAUGGGGCCAGGUUGUGGAGAUUCUCUCUACGGGGACAGUGGCAGAGAUCCAGGCGCUGGUGAAGGAGAGCCACGGGUUGAUUGCGACAGCGGGAAAGACCAGGGCUAGCCGGCGGGGGCAGCGCGGCGAGCAGGAGGGCGAGCAGGGGGGCGAGCAGGGGGGCGAGCAGGGGGGCAAGAAGGGGGGCAAGCAGGGGGGCAAGAAGGGGGGCAAGCAGGGGGGCAAGAAGGGGGGCAAGAAGGGGGGCGAGUAG